CUGGAAGGGAGGCAUGCUCACCAACUCGGAGGACGUGGAUUUGGAUGGCUGCUAGGAAGGAAGGCCAGCAUGUGGGAGGGAGCCAGGCCUUCUCCUCAUGGCUCCUUCCCGUGUGUGUUUGGCUCUGUGUGAGCAGACCUUCCCGAUGGGCAGCCCUGGCGGGAGAAACGGAAUUCUAUCAGCAUAGCUCCCCAGUCACACAAGAAGCUGACGGAGCCCCUGGCCAUUCUGACUUUUUGAAAUAAUGCUGUUUAUCGUUUCAAGUUGUUCAGCUGUUUCAGAUUAUUCCGUUUUCGUAAGCUGUAGCAAAUGUCAGGAUGUGCGUUUCCAUUCUAAAUACUUCACGGAAGAGCUAAGAAGAAUUUUUAUAGAGGACACUGACUCAGAAACGGAAGAAUUUGAAGGAUUUACACAGAAUGAUCUGAAUGUAAACAGUAACCCAGAAGUAAUGCUUGUGGAGUCAGAUUUGAGCGAUGCUGGUAAGGUGUCUUCAGCGAGUGAAGAAGAGGAUGAAGAAGAAAAGGCUACACCCAGGAGAAGCAGGCCGAGGAGAAGCAGUAUUGGUCUUCGAGUAGCCUUUCAAUUCCCCACCAAGAAACUGGCAAAAAAAUCUGAUGACAGUUCUUCUGAGCCGCUGUUUCCUAGCAAACGCUUACAGGACAAUAAAAAAGCAAUUCUUGGAAGAAAGAGAAGCUGCAGACAGGGGAAGGAAAGGGAAGAUUCGGUGUCUGAAUCUGAGGAUGACUCCAGGGAUGAGGGCCAGGCGAGCUCGGAUGCACUGCUGAAAAGGACCAUGAACAUCAAGGAGAACAAAGCCAUGCUGGCUCAGUUAUUGGCAGAACUGAACUCAAUGCCGGAUUUCUUCCCAGUACGAACCCCAAACUCAGCCUCUAAGAAGAGAACAGUGAGGCGGGCUUUCUCCGAGGGACAGAUCACAAGACGCACUAACCCCACCCGGAGCGCGCGGCCUCCCGAGAAAUUUGCCCUGGAGAACUUCACUGUCUCCGCUGCCAAAUUUGCAGAAGAGUUUUACAGUUUCAGGAGAAGGAAGACAAUUAGCGGGGGGAAAUGCCAGGGGUACAGACGGCGUCACCGUGUAUCUUCCUUUCGGCCGGUGGAGGAUAUCACUGAAGAGGACUUAGAAAAUGUUGCCAUCACCGUUCGAGAUAAAAUCUACGAUAAAGUUCUGGGCAACACUUGCCAUCAGUGCAGGCAGAAGACCAUCGACACCAAGACGGUGUGUCGGAACCAGGGCUGCGGUGGGGUCCGAGGACAGUUCUGUGGGCCGUGCCUGCGGAAUCGCUACGGGGAGGACGUGAGAUCUGCGCUGCUGGACCCGGAUUGGAUGUGUCCUCCCUGCCGUGGGAUCUGCAAUUGCAGUUACUGUCGCAAGCGUGAUGGCCGCUGUGCCACAGGGAUCCUCAUUCACCUAGCCAAGUUUUACGGUUACAAUAAUGUUAAGGAAUACCUGGAGAGCUUACAGAAGCAGCUGGUAGAAGAUGAUUAAGAACAAAACCAGCCACCUCACUGUAAAGAACUCUAGCAACAUAUGCCAUCCCACGGGUGCCUACAAUUUCUUCCAGUUGUGUUUUUAUACAGAAGUUGUUCGUAGAUCUAAAUACUAUUUUUUUAAGAUUGUUUAUAUGCUUGAAAAGGUUUCUCAGGAAGACGGCAAAGCAGAGGAAUCUAUUUACAUAUAUCCACGGGCCCCUAUGCGUAGUGAGUGGUUUAAAAGCAUCUGCAUAUGACAAAAACACAGCUUAAAUGGGGUGGAGUUAAAGUCCAGGUAAGUUCCAGGGCAAACGUUGCAUAAGCAGCUCUUGCCUUUGACACUGUUUGGUGCCUUGAUCUUUACCUCCCAGGCAGUGACCACAGUUCAGACCAGGUAGUUAGUGCUUCUCUGGGUCAUUGGAAAUUUAUGUUAAAGAAAGAAUGUUCUCUUAAAUUACAAAGUGCAAUUAACCCAUAGAUCUUGAAUACUAGAGUUUUAUUUUUAUUAAAAGUCACCUGUCACGUUACCAACACUGGAGGCCUGGGGACACUGCUGGCCGGCAGGACCGUCUGCCUCUUCCUUCAGGAUUCACCUGCUGCCUGAGGUCAGGGGCUUCUAGGUUUUUUUAAUUUAAAAAGAUUUUGUUUAUGUGCAAGAACUCAAAUCCCACUUUCUGAUGGGGAGACCGUUAAGGACGGUGUUUAAGCAAAAUUAACGCACAUGUAAGUUACUUAAAAAUUCCAGAAGCUGGAGUGUGUUUUAUGGCUCUCAGUAAAUUAAUGUGUGCGGCCCCCCCGGCCAAGGCCUGUGUUGUCCGAGCCUGAGGGCCAUCUCAGGCUUCCAGCAGCAGGGCCACGCCUGCCAGGACCCAUUUGGCCGCCUUGUCUUUGCUUUUCAAUCUGAAGGUCCACACGUAGGUUGGGCCCCUCAUUUUGGUUUUGUACACCGGGCAUUCAUAGGUGUGUUUAGUUUCCUGUCUGUCUGUGGGUAUGGCUUUUGCAAAGAUAACCGGCAUCACAGAUGUUAACUCCUUGAGGCAGGCAUCAGCAAUGGUUCCUGACUGUGUGUCCCAUCUGGCACCUAUAGCAAAAACACAAGGAUUGCAACAGUGUGGUGUGUUGGAAGCAAUAAAUGUUCAGUUUUGUCGUUA